GCGGGUGAUUAACACUCACAGUACACACUGAAAGUCCAACAUUGCCCAAUUUUAACGGGCGAAAACAAGGAAGAUCACAAUGCCUUUCGUCCAAGUGACCCAGAUUCAAUUCAAGGAGCUCGUCGUCGACGAGGAGGUCAAGUCUAUCUGCGACGGCGCUCUCGCGCUGAAGGCUAGCUGUCUUCACCCUACUACGGGACAGCCUCUCAUCAAGUCGAUCACAGGAGGCAUUGACCAGAGCACCGAGGGUCGUCAGGGCGGCAUGACGCACGUUUUUGUGACUGAGUUUGAGACGGAAGAUGAUCGGAGAAUAUACGUCAAUGAAGACCAGCAGCAUCGCAAGUUUUGCGAACAACUGUCGGAUAUGACGGCCAAGAUAUCGAUAGUGGAUUUUGCGCCUGGCGUUUUCUGAGUUCUGCGUCUUUCAAAAGUAUCCCGACAGGAUUUGGUCCGAAACAGGAGGAUUGGUGAUAUGACAGGCAAUAGUUAGUAUGGAGGGGCGUGCACGAGCAGUAGCCGCUGUUGCGCUGAUGAAUGACUUUCGGAUUCGAGGCAUCUCUCACUUGCUGUUGACGAUCUGUUGACCACACCAGAGCAAGAAUGGUAGUGGAAUCUGGAGUUCUCAAAAGGUUCCAGGAGCGGGACCCAGUCUGGGGAUUGUGGGUUUGCGGGGAUCUGGUCCGCCGUGUCCCAACGAUGCGACGGUGAGCCUGUAACACAGUACGACACUGAAGUGGUGGGAUCCCAUCAGAGUCCCAGGGGCUGAUAGUUGUGUUGGUGGUGCUGCUCAAUUCCUACAUAUCUUCUGG